AUGCAGCAGCUUCUCGGUGAACUGGACGAUGAGGCGGCCGGAAUGACGGAUGGACGAAUGGCCGCUCUAGUAACACAGUACUUAAAAGAUGCGUCAGAGGGAAUGCGUCGACUAUCGAGGGUACGCACAACACGGGCUAUAGAAUGGCUAGGAUCCGCCUGGAAGUGGGUCGCCGGGUCUCCAGACGCAACAGACUGGAACACUAUAUUGAAAGCCCAAAACGAGGUUGUGACGAAUACGGAUCAGCAGAUUCGAAUCAACUCGAAGCUCUUCGACUCAGCGCAUGAAUCAGCGCUGCUGAUCAAUAAGGUGGACCAAAGAGUCAACGCGAUCGACGGAGACUUGCGGGCCACAGCAUUAACCCUGCACAGAGCCAUUAUACUAGCUAAUCAAGUCGGCGAAAUUAUCAAGGCAUGUCAGUUUGCUAAAACGGGGACGGUCAACUCGAACCUCCUGGACCAUGAGGAGGUGGAGACAAUCCUGAACGAAGUCAGUAACCUCCCUUAUCAGAACCCGAUAGAGGCCAUCGAGUUCUCUCGUCCGUCGGUAGUGACGAAUGGUACAAUGAUAUUGUACAUUCUGGCGUUUCCGAAAGUUACGACAGAAUCAUACAAGUUCAUGCACCUGUACUCGACCAUCUCCGAGGGAAGGCAGGUGGUACUGGAACAUAACAAGUUAGUCGCGAGUCCCGAUGAGACCUAUGCAGUACUUGGGGAUUGCCUAUCUAUCGGCAACACGACCGUUUGCCAGGAAAAGGACCUCCUCAAACUAAGAGAAAACGACUGCGUCACGCCGCCUGUACAUACUUGAGAAACGACCAAGAGGUGGUUAAUCUUAUCGACGAUGGAACACUUCUAUUGACCAAUUUCAAUAGCUCAGUAAUCUUCGAGUCAAAGGAACAUCAACUCGUCGGUUCUUUUGUGGUACAAUACUCGAAUGAAACAGUU